UUUAAACAACAAUUCUCUUCCUCUUCUUCUUCAAUGGAUGAUCAGGUUGACCACAAGAACACUUCUUUAGAUGAAGUUAUCUUCACGAGCGUAGCCGACUGCUUACAAAGCUCACUAGUAAUGGAUUAUAACUCACUAGAGAAGGCCUUCAAGUUCUCACCUUAUAAUUACCCUUGCCAACCGAUUUCAGCGUCUAAUAUGGGCCAAAUAGUGAAUUACCCUUACUUAAACCUCACUCCAAUUUCUCCAAUAGUCUCUUCUUCCUCCAAUGAAGCCGACCCUAAAGAGAACGUGGGCGAUAAGAGUGGCCCAAUGGAGAAUCACAACGAUGGAGACCAACAUGGUGUUGGUGAAACCUCCAAGCAAUUGACAAAACAAGGAAAAGGGAAAGGAGAGAAGAAAGAAAGAGAAGCUAGGGUUGCCUUUAUGACCAAAAGCGAGGUGGAUCAGCUUGAAGAUGGUUAUAGAUGGAGAAAAUAUGGACAAAAAGCCGUCAAGAACAGCCCCUAUCCAAGGAGUUACUAUAGGUGCACAGCGCAGAAGUGUAACGUGAAGAAACGCGUAGAGAGAUCGUUUCAAGAUCCGUCGAUCGUAAUUACAACUUACGAAGGAAAACACUACCAUCCAAUCCCAUCGACGUUAAGAGGUCCCAUGGUCGGGGAGCAUCUAUUAGGCCACCAUGGAAGUGGUAUCCUCCAUAGCUUCAAACGUUACCAUCAACAGUUUCUCAUGAAGAAUCAACAUCCGGUCAAUUAUCAAUCAGCAGGAACUGUAACGUAUCAACAACGUCAUGGUGACUCUAGUAAUUAUAGUAAUCAUCAACAAGUUGUUGACUGUGGUCUUCUUCAGGACAUUGUUCCUUCAAAAUUCUUGAAGCAUGAAUCUUGAGAGAUAGUACUAGAGACCUGGAUCUUUCUUUUUCAUGUGUUAGUAUUUAUACACACAUUAUAUAUAAGCAUAAAUAACCUAGUUUGUUGUAUAUAAACAUGUUUGUGUAUCUAUUCCAUG